AUGAACACAGCCGGGUGAUACUUCCAGACAGUGAAUGGGACCCUCUCUCCUCAUACAUUAAUGCAAACUACAUCAGGGGAUAUGAAGGAGAGCCCCAUGCAUAUGUUGCGACCCAGGGCCCAAUGUCACACACGAUCGUGGAUUUCUGGAGAAUGGUUUGGGCAGAGAAGGCACCCAUCAUUGUUAUGAUCACAAAACUGAAGGAAAAAGGACGGCCAAAAUGUGAGAACUACUUGCCAGAGGAUUACUCGUCAGCUACAUUUGGAGACAUAGAUGUUAAAGUGGAUAGAGUGGUGAAUCGGCACGGCUACUCUCUCCGACACCUCCUACUCCGAAGUAAUGGAGAGAUACAACAUGUCCUCCACUACUGGUACACGGCCUGGCCUGAUCACAAGCCUCCAACAUCUCCAACAAUGCUCCUGGAACUCAUAAAGGAGGUGGAACAACGUCGCCAUCAUCAUGAUGGUAUCCGCACAAGGGGACCAGUUAUUGUACACUGCAGUGCUGGUAUAGGGAGGACAGGUUGUUUUAUUGGUAUAAGUAUUGGUAUACGACAGUUACGAGAGGAACACUCUGUGGAUGCUCUGGGUGCUGUAUGUACUAUGAGGAUAGACAGGGGUGGUAUGAUACAGACACAUGAACAGUAUGACUUUGUGCAUCAAGCUUUAUUUGAGUAUGAGAAACAGUUAGAAGAACCAAUAGGGAACACAGUAGGAGACUGACCCGAACAUCCAACUGUAGGGACUGAUCAUAUGUGAUAGUCAGUACUGAAAUAAACUGACCACCAGGACCCUCUGACCACUACUCAACCCAGAGGACCCAACUUUAGCCUUUUCAUCACAUAUAGCAUUCAACUGGAAGUGCUGCAGUACGUUUCUCCCAAAAUAUCCUAGUACUAAAGUAUGAAGCUUUUGGCUGAUUCUAAUUUGUACAGUACAUGUGGAGAUUGCAUUGGAUUUCGAAAUGUGAAGAUUUCAAUUGACUCGGAUUAAGAAGUGUUAAGCUUUUUGCUGAUGCUGAUUAUGAAAUGUUAAUUAUUUUUUUCAGAUUUAGAUUUUUCAGUUUGAUGCUUUAGAAUAAAAAAUUUGAAACAUUUUUCUGGAUUGGAUUAUGCAAUGUGAGAGAAGACUUUUAUUGAAUCAGAUAAUUAAGUGUAAAGCUUUCCACUGAACUGGAUUAUGAAGCUUGAUGCUGAUUUGGAUUUUGAAUUUUGAAGAUUUCUGCCAAUUAGUUCCAUAUGAAAAAAAAAAAUUUGGAAUAAGGGUACAAAAAGAGAGAGAAAAAAAAGCAAAAUAUAAUAAUUCCCAUGAAUUGGCAGAAAGCUUCAAAAUGAAAUGUUAGUGAAAUGUGAUGUAAAAACAAAAUGACAUGUAUUUAAGGAGAAUAUUUUUACAACUGUUGUAUUUAUCCUGUUGUUAACGUUUAGUGCUCAGACUACUGUGCUGCUUGAUGUCAUGGUGUAUUUGAUUUUUCCGAAAGUUUCAGAGCUAAAGUUUGUAAAGUAAUUCAUCACCAACCUGAAAAUCACAAUUGAUGUAGUCACUAUAGUUAUAUAGAUAUUGGUGACCUUCCAUGAUCUCUGAUUUUGUCCGGUAACUAUUUAUUUAGAACUUCUGAGAAUUCAUAUACGGCGAAAUUAAUUCUGACCACCGCGGUUUUGCUGUUUACUGAAAGCAAUGUGGUACAUCAACUUGAUAAUGUGUUGUUCAUGUGAAUACAGUAAUGUCAGGUUUAGGUCAGGAAAAAGGAUACCGGUUUGAAGAGUAGAAAUGCACCUUACUUCAUUAUAACAUGCCAAGUGAAAGAUUCCUUCUGGCCUGCAGCAAAUUGGCAUGUGAGAACCAUAAACUUUUGGAAGUCAAAUCUACUGUCGCUGAAAUGUACAUACGACUGUAAAAACCUGUAAAGACAUGCAUAUUAUAAGAGCACUAGUAGAUGUCAGGGAACGUUUGAAAUAUUUCAUCAUGCAUGUUUUAUGAUAUUUUAACAGCAUUUAGUAACACAAUAUAUGGGGUUUACUGUUUUACUAGUUUUUCAAAAUGUCAAAUCACAAAUUAAAGACAAUGAUUUCAUGAAUUUCAGUUAGUGAUAUGUGUUUAAAAUUCACCUUAAUUGAUUAACGGAUAUGGAAUAUGAUUUAAUGUAUGUCUGUAGAAUCUGUGAUUAUUUGACAAAUAAUAGAAAAUGCAAACAUGAAGACAACUAUUAAACAAACAAGUGCUCUAUAUUAGAAAGCUUUUUAAACUUUGAUGGUCUUUUCUAUUAUUUUAUGCACUACUAAAUAUCAUAAAUCAAUUCUUGGUAUCAUUUGAUAUUAAGUAAUAUCAUAAUUGAUAAGUGCUAUAUCACAAAUUUGAUAUCGUGAUAUUUUUGAUAUCGCAAACUUAACUUUAUGAUAUCACUUAUUUGGACAAGUGAUUUAUCCCUAAAUGGAAGAAAAUCCUGUUAUCAAAAUCUUGUGUCAGUGAUAUCACUUAUAGGGUGAUAUUACUGAAAUUGAACAUUGAAAUGGUGUAUGCAUUACAUUAUGAAAUGAUUAAUCAAAUUCAGUGCCCCAUUGAAACAACAAAAAUUUUGAUAAUACUCUAGUUCAUUUUUUAAUGGAAUCAUUCCCAUUCAAUACAAUCAUUUCACCCUGUCACUUCUAGAUCAGAAAGUGUUGGAAAAGUGAGACUGUAAGGAGCAGUAUUUACUAUUAUUUAAUUUGAAUCAGUGUUAUCUUAUUGUGCUGAUGGUCAUGGUCAUUAUCAUUGGUUUUUAAUGUUAUCAUGUUGUUAUUAGGCUUACAAACAAAUGUUGUUGAUAUAUGAAUGAAUGUAAAAGGUCUGGAGUUAUUGUACGAGCCGUAAAAUCUUAAGCAAAAAAGCACUUCGUUUCUGGUGCAAUUUUAUUACAAUAUUGUUUCUUGCAAUAUCAUUUUUAGAAAAAUAGCCAUAUAUACUUAAAAAUUGUUGAUGAGAUCUCUGAAUUUCAGUAGUUUUUGUAUGGACUCUGAGAAUGGAUGCCUUAUUUAAUUUGCCAUGUAUAGAUAUUACAUCAUCAAAAUUUGAUAAAGAUGAAUCAUCACACAUAUGUUUACAUUACAAUAUUUACCAUAAACAAAAGUAAAAAUCUUUAAGAUUCUUUGAAAGAAAAUAAAAUGUAUUCUUUGUAAGAGAUAAAAUUGAAAUAUCAUUUCUGGUUUUAAAGUGAUUAGAUGAAGAAAAUGAAUACUUAUUCAAUAUAAAUGUAUACAACAUGUGGUUAUCUAAACACAUUAAACUACUAUUAAGGAAAUUCAAGUCUAAAAAAUGUUUUUUCUGAAUGUAAUUAUUAGCCAGUUCAGCUCACUUUUUUAUUGUUCAGUGAAGAAUAUUGUCUGAGGAUUCUGAAACCUUUCAUGGAGAAAAAACUAACAUGUAGAUAUCCUGUCUAGAGGCACAACAAUAAUUGAAUGUUGCUGGCGAGUUCUGAUGGAAUUAUGAAGUUUGUUUUUACCACCGAAAUACCAUGUUUGGUAUUUCAAAUCCUGUUAAUAUAACAGUAUGUCAUGUGAUUUACUUUGUCACAUGUCAAUCAUGUGACCACAUUUUUUGAAAUUUUUCAUGUGAUAUGUAAUUUUUGUAUGACCAUUUGUAUUCUGUAUCAUGUGAAGUUUUGUUUCCAGUGUACUUAAAGGCAUUGUUAUGUUUUAUUUAUCGUUUUUCCCUCCUGAAAUAACAUCCAGGUAUAAAAUAUUUUACCAUCUGUUUUUUGUAUAUAUAAAUGUGAUUUAUUUUUCUCAUGCAGCUAUUUGAUUUAUUUUGUUUUUCCCAUUUUUAAUGAAGGCUUGUUUAUACCCAAGAAUCAAAUACAAGAUAAUUAAAGAAAACUAUACAUAUACUUGAUUAAGUUUGUUCAGUAUUUGUUUAUUUAAACUAAAAAACUUUUUUUUUUAUCUUUGGUUUUAUAGAUUGUAAAAGAUUUUAACUUUUCUUAGGAUUGACAAAAUCUCAGAUACUCUUGUGAUUCUCAGUUUAUAACAGUAUUGAACUUCACGCAACGGUUACUGUUUCAUUUCACACAAAGCAGUGUUACAAAGUAAUACUAUGUUAAAGCAAAUUAUCAUUAACACUUUGGAUAGAAACCUCUCAUACUGGUCACCUGAAUUAAAGAAAAUUUAACAAUUGUUAAAUGAAAUUUAUAAAGAUGAUCAAAUUAUUGUAGAAUUUGCAGUCCAGUGGAUAGAUAAUUAUACAAGGUUUGAUAUACAAUGUAUCAGCACAAAUGACGGAAUGCUCAAUAGCCAGAUCAGACAGAUUUUGCUUUAACCUAUCGUCUUUGUUUAUUUUAAAGAUUUUCCGAAAACACUGAAAAUUAUGACUUUUUGCUGUUUUAGAGCAGGUUGUUAUCCAUAUGACUUUAUUUUGUUGUUCUUAACUGGUAGAAUUUAUAUAUUGUGUACAUUUCAAGAAUCAGAUGUCGCUCAAGAUAUCACAUACCAGUGUUUUCUAGUCUCUGCCAUUUAUAGGGGGAGGGGUUGCAUAGUGUUUAUUGUCUUACUUCAUCAUCUACAAUGGAUGAGAUGUGUUAUGAGGUUCCAGAGUAGGUCAAAGUGUCACAGUUACUAUUUAUAGGAUUUUGUCAAAUUGGGCCUUCAUGCCUAUAAAAAAUAACUCGCUGAAUGAGUAGUCGCAUUCUUUAAAUGCAGCAGGUUGGUGUAAUAUGAAUAAAAUAUGAAAUUACUUAAAAAUCAAUUUGAUUUUAAACUGCAAAAUAUUUCAUCACUGAAAAAAGUGACCAUACCUUAAGUGUUCUAGUAAAAUCUUACUGUCAAAUAAAAACAGUUAUACAAUUAUUUUUCCUUUGAAGGAGUGAAGUGGGGGAGAGAGAGAAUAAGUGCAAUACAUUGUACAGUGAAAUUCUAGUCUUUUUUUCCCUUCACUAGCAUUAUAUUCAUCAGCAUAUCCCAUUGACAAAUUUAACUAGUCCCAAAAGAAAACUGCAUUUUGUAUGUUGCCGAUAAGUACUCUCUUUAACCUAAUCAUUUGAAAGUUUUUUUUCUUGUCCAAUUUGAAAUUUUGGUUAAAAUUUAUUUUUAUGAUUUAUUUGAUUCAUCAUCCAUAAUUACAUAAAUGAUAUUUCAAUUUUUUUUAAUGAAAAAAAAAAAAUUUGAAUGAUGCAAUUAUGCCACUUUCAACAGAGAACAUUUUGCCUAACAUUUGAAGGGCUUCUACAGCAUCUUUCCUCAAAUAAGCCCCCUCCCAUACUAUAAAUGUUUAGAAUUAAAUUUUAGGGAGGGCUUAUUUGCAAACUACUUUCAGCAUAUUAUUUUGAAAUUGAUGAUUCUGCAAAAAUGGAGAAGGGUGUUUACUGGUGGCAAAUGCUUAACUGUAGUAAAUAUAUUUUUCCAAUUACAUUUGCCUUAGUAAACAUUUUGGGAUUUAAAAUUGUUUUUUUUUUAUGCUAUAGUGCUUGUUAUCAUCAUAACCUGACCUGAGGUAUCAUUUUUCACACGAUUGUUGUUUUGACUCGUUGUUGUUUUAAACAGUAAACCUGAAAUUUUAAGAUGAUUUCGCUAUGCGUAAAUUAACUUGUGCCUGUAAUUAACAGCAAAAAUAGGAUAUCACAUUGUAUCCACACUACUUGUAUUUACUAUUGAUUAUUUCAUAUAUUGUAACAAAAUUUUAAAAGUUUCCUUUUUUUUUUACAGUUAAAUUUACACAAGGUAAAGCCAGUGACUUAGUUUUUUUAAGCUUAAGUUAAAGAGUUCAAUUUAGAUUUAAGGCUAAUAGCUUAAAUAUGAUGAAAGGAUCAGGUUUUCCAACAUUAUCUCCAUUUACUGUCAUUCAGAAGCAUCAAAGGUUCAUUAGUUAAAUUGACUGAACGCUUUCAUGAAAAAUAUUGAUUAGUUUCUGGUGAUCUUUCUGAAAUUUUCUUAUACUCAAUUACAAUGCCACGAUAACCUUGAUCAUCAAAUUUAUUUUAACAGAGCAGUACGUAUACAGACAAAUUAAACUGAUGUUGUAAAUUAGUAUUUUUCUUGAAGAUUCUAAUGAAAAUGAAAACACCCUUUUGGUUCAGGUUUUGUUACAAGAUUUUUGUUUCUGAAUUUAGUUUUACCUAAAGAAGUAAAUCUGUGGAUACAUGAACAUAUACAUCGGCAUCUCCCACAUGUCGACCAAAGUCAUUGUAACUAUGGUGAUUCCAAACACAUCUAUAAUAUAAUCUCUCUCCCAGAAACGUCAGGUGAUGUGUCCCUCAUAUUAAUCCCCAGCCAUGGUAACUAUGGCGAUACAGGGCACAUCUCUAACAUACAAAAUACAUCUACUGUAAAAUCAUCUAUUUUCAUGGAGCUAAAUUUUUGUGGUUUUUCAAAAAGGAACUAUUUUGUGGACACCUUAUAUUGAUAAAGAUAGCUCAAUUAAUCCACUUGUUUUUGUUUAACAGAUCAUGAACAUGAAUUUGUGGUUAAAGAGUUUCAAGGAAAUCAAUGAAAAUAUUUCCCCCAUGAAAAUGAUCGAUUAUACGGUAUAAUAUACAUUUUCUCCCAGCCAUAUCGACAUGUCCCUCAUAUUGACCCCCCUGCCUUGGCAACUAAGCUGAUAUAGAAUACAUCUAUAAUAUACACUUAUCCAUUUAUCUCCCAGCUAUGUCUAGUGACGAGUACUUCAUGUUGACCCCAAGCCAUGGUUACUGUGGUGAUAGGGUCAAGCCUCAUUGAUAGAAUCUCAAUCGUUAUUACUUAAGUUUUAAUCCAUUUAGAUGUUGUUUUUGUUUUGUUGAUAUUUUGAGCUCAUGUACAAUAAAAAAAACAUAAAAUACCCGGAAA